AUGUGUUUCGUUAUAUCAGCAGUGUCAGCUACUAGUGACUUCCUUCAGAAUGCAUAUUGCUCAUUGGUUAAUCUUAGAGCUGGUCCCAGUAUGCGGGACUAUCGAGGUGCUGACUUGAGGAAUAAACUUGAGCAAAGGUUAUCUCCACAGCAGCGGUAUUCCCCAGGAAAAGAUGCAAGCGGGCGCCACUCAUUUCGUGGUCAGCAAUCAUGUCCUUAUAACUUGGCUGCAUCUUUUCCCCAUACAGUUGUGUUUUUAUCUCCUCUGUUAUCUCUGGCUAUGGAUGGGGAGAGUAGUGCUCUUAACCUUCUUGUUCACCUUGACAGAAAACGUAGGAAAAAACAGCAGUAUGAUGGCCAAAGUGAUUUCUCUGGGAGUCUGAAAGUCUCAGAUAGGGCAGAUGACCGGGUUAAAGAAAGAAAAAGUGCAUCAUUUGAGCUAGAAGAAAUGCAGUCAAAAAUCAACAAGCUUGAGCACCACAAAACUGAAUUAAUGAUCUCACUGGAAAAGAAAGCUGAAGAGGCAGACAGUCUUACUUCUAAAGUUCAGGAGCUUGAGGCUCAAUUAUCUGCAGAGAAAGAGGAUUGUAAAAGGAUCACUUCAAACAUCAAGAAGUUUGUCAAAGCAUAUAAGCAUUAUGUGUGGGCUCAAGAUGAACUUAACAGGCAUGAUAUCAGUUCUCGUGAUCUUUCUGUGUCAGAAGUUCGAUUUAAGAAGUUGGGAGAUCAGCUUCUUUCUGGUACUGCAACUGAUUGCAAUGAAGAGGAUUCAAACAUCAAUAUUGUCAAUAAUGGAGAGACAAACAGUCAUUGUGAAAUCAGCACACAGAAUGAGAUGCAGAAGCAGAAUAAUUCCUCUCCAAUUGAGAAAAGUUUGGGUGGUAAACAGUAUACUGCUGAAAAAUUAACCCAAGGCAAUUUAACCACUGAUGGACAUCGGGCAGAGACUCUAAGAUUGAGUAAGCUUUCCCAAUUUCAUUCACACCCUGUGCAGCUGAAUAGCCACGAGGAAUUUGAGGUGGCGGACCAUAGGAAUGGCAGUCAUUGGCCUAUAGGAAAUGAAGGCAAGCAAAAGAAAGGAAAGAGUGUUUCCACCAGGAUUCCUUCAGAUAAGGCCAAGGGUUCAGGCUCAGUGCUUCUCGUACCAUCAACCAGCAUGGCUGCUCGUGUAAUUGAUGAACCAGCUGAAAUUGAAAUGGAGGAGCAUGUUGAAGUGGUUGAAAAUAUUUCUUUAGUUGGUGUUAAAGGAAGAGCUACAUAUGAGGCCAGAAGCUUGCCAUUUUCACUCCCCCACCUCCUCCAAUCCCUCGAAAUACCUAUUCAAAGGUUGGUUUUACAGUCUUGGUCUCCCCUUUAUGAGGGUGAAGAUGAGAAUGUAGAUGUUGGAGGCCUAGAGGAGGGGAUGGUGGAUGCUGAUAUUGUCUGA